AGAAUUUGAAAGCUGAGACUUUGUUUCAUAUCAAACGUAUUAAAGCACCAAACUUACUGUGAUUAUUGGAUGGCACGAGCUACAAACACCAUUUAGUGAAGUUUUGUUUGUGCAAACUGUAUGAACUGUUUUGUUCAACUCUCACAGGUGAGGUCAUGAACACACCCGUCCCUGUCAUCUUCACCGUCUUUCCACGUGAUGAUGGUUCGCUGAACCGCCGUCUGGUCGCCGCUCUGCGUAUCCCAUUAAGCUUCCAGAUCAGUCCGCCCACCCCAACUGACACUUCCAUACGGAUCGAGGACCGGCCCGGGAUGACUGUAUAUGUCCUGCAGUUUGGUGGUUUUGCAGGCGAGAGCGAGUUUCGCGCCGAAGCGUCGCGCCUGACAUGCACACUGGGAGACUCCGCCCCCUUCCAGCGCAAACAGUACCUGUGCUUCAGCUACGACCCGCUAAUCAAACCCUACGGACGGCGGAACGAAGUCUGGUUCCUGCAGGACGAGCCCUGAGAAACUCUCAAGUCGAGUCAGCUUUAUUUCUACAGUGAUUUAUAUGAUUGUUUUACAGAUUAUAAAGAUGGUUUCAAAGCGGCUUCACAGUAAUAAAAUGAUGCAAACUUCAUCAAAUAUGAGACAAAUUCAAAUUCUGUUGUAAAGCCACUCUACUGAAGACAACAGUGUUAUUAUUCAGUUUAAUGUUGAUUCAGUUUCGUUCAAUAAAAGUGUCAAUGUUG